AUGUUCAAGAACAAGCAUAAGUUCGAACUACCGUCGUUGGGACGCGGACGUUCAUCGGACAAGGAGCUCUCUGUAUCUAUCUUGCCUGCUGCCGACGAUAACUCCGUCGUCGAAUCUCCAACAGUAGGCCAAGUCACUUCAGCAAAUGAAAUGCUGGGUAGUCUACGGAAUCCACCAACCGACACAAGCAACGUUAGGAACGACAAUGAACCAAGAGACUCGCCGGCCAACAAAUCGAACGGCUCUACAUCGGAAGCAGAAAAGGUCAUCACCAGAGAUGAAGUCCUAGGCAGCAUACGCGAUGCCGCCAUGAAGUCGAGCCUCGUUAUGGGCGCCAAGGAACUGAGAGAAACCGCAAACAGUGAAAUGGCCAAGGUCAAAGGCAUCCUGUCAAAAGACAAUAGCUCCAACGACGAAAAGCUAAGAGGUCUUCUUCAUCUUAUCCUGAGGUCUAGCACAGAGCCUAGACUGUACAACGACUUCUUGGACAAGUCGAUGGACGAAGACUCCGACAUCCUGAUCAGCUCAUUUGGUGGACAGGUAGAUGACAUCUCAGUCCCCCUCCGCAUGUUUGACUUGGAUACCAUGAACUUGGUUGAUACGGGUUUCUUUGGAGAGGAAGAUCAGUACUGCAUGCUGUCCCAUAGUUGGAAAGGUGCGGAAAUUGACUAUGCGCUUGUGUGCGAAGCCCAGCGUGCUGAGGAGGCACCGGGAGGGCUGACUGGGUACAAUGAUGUGGAUGCGGUUCUCGCCCUCUGCGACCAGAAGAUCAAUACAAUCGCAGGUAAAUUGCGCAAGCUGUUACAGGAGAGACCAGAUGCAGGAACAUCAAUCCGGCAACUGCUCGUGACGUCUCUUAGGGUAUCCAUGCUGGAAAGAGAUGUGGUUGAUACCAAGCAAAAGCGGACUGUUGAGAAUGCAAACAAGAGACAGGCAGAUCUGGAGCAAACCAACUACCAGAAAUUGUUAGACUUCCUGAAAGAAGUUAAGAGUCUAACAAGUCUAGCGAAGCAACAAGAAGAUGCAGAGGAGAGGGCCAAGCAGGCAGCGGAAAAGUACUCCCGCGCUGAGCAUGAUUACGCAUCAGAGAAAAACAGAAUCUCGAGAUACCGAUCGAACCGCCAGUUGUCUUAUGAGAUGGACGAUUUGGUUAGGGCCUUGCAGCAUAGGAGGUCGGCACGGAAGCUUCAAAAGUCUAUCAGCCGUGCGCGAGAUAUCUUCCAGAGUAGACCCUUCUUCGAGACAGGUAGACGAUAUAUCUGGCUGGAUAACUGCUGUAUUAACAAGCGACAGGACGCUGAAUUGAGUGAGUCUUUAGCACGCAUGGGAGAGUGGUACGCAAAUGCAGACUUUUGCCUGGUUCACCUGGAUACUCCGUGGGACAACCGGGAAUGGUUGGAUGAAUGGGACCUGUGGUGCAAAAGCAAAGGCAAUAAUGAAGAGGGGGAACCGGAUCACACCGAGGAUAGCGACGUGGUCAGUACAGCUAUGAAGACAACGCCUAGAUGCCAGCCUGUCUCGCGCUUUAGCGAAGUCAAAGAGUGGAAGCCAACAUGGGCUACCAGAGGCUGGACACUGCAGGAAUUGGUCCUCAGCAAAAUGACAUUCUAUGCCAAUGCAGACUGGAAGUUGCUGUCGCGACCGGUUGACAGUUUGGGGAGCUACUAUCACUUUUGCCCUUUCAUUGACUUUUACACCAAGAAUCUCAAUUACAUCGAUGGCGAGGCACUGAAACUUGUCGACCGUGUACGGGAAGUGAUAGCAGCCGCAGAGGAAAAUGGAACGAUUGAGGAUACAAAGACCAGUUUAGUCGCACCGGGUGAGGCUGAAGAGACUAUUGGUGCAGAGAGCAUAAUCCAGGCUCUGAGGCUAUUUGGAUAUGUCGCGCCCAAGAACUUGGAUAAGCAAACAGCGAGAGCUCGUAUCGGCUACUCUGUCCAACUCGUCGUUGAAGCAUUCAAGGACAAGCCAAGCUACACAGACCCGGAACAUGACAUUAGAGAACAGAUCUUGACAGAUAUAUCUGAGCACUAUAAUGGAUUGGAACGGGAGAAGGCAGUGAGGCGAACAAUAAGCCUGCUGCUUGUGGCCCUCGCACACAAGGCAAUCAAAUCCAUCAGGGAUGAUCGUAAAACAAUCGCCGAGUUCAGCAACGUCGAAGGCCUGAGCAGCUGGUGGGAUGGCACGGAGAGGAGCCGUUUCUCUGCUCACAGUGUCAUGAUGCUGGCAUCGCAUCGACAGUGCACCAAGGCUAUUGAUAAGGCGUACUCGUUGAUGGGUGUCCUUGGAGUGCAGUUCCCAGCGUUCCCAGCCGAGGGCCUUACCAAGGCCCUGUCUCGGCUCAUGGAUGAGGUGGUGGUUACCUCCAACGAUGUUUCUGUCUUCAACUGGACUGGCAAGUACAAUGGUAGCCCUAUACGCGGCCGUUCUUUGUACGCGUCGAACAUUGACGCCUUCUACACCGAAUCACGUUUCGAUGUAAACGGCGAACUCGUCCGAAUUUUCCGAAAUGAUCGUACCAAAACCCUGACUAUCGCAAAAGGCAUUACUGACAUGCUGCUUGAUGCCAGCAACUUCGUCUCAACAUUCAAGCAGACCGAAGAAACGGUCAGUUUGCUUCUAGAGAUGGUCAAAUUCAUCAGGGAAAAUGAUAGCCAAAAACUGGAAAGCCUUCUAGAAUUCCCAGAGCUCGUCAAGACACUGGCAAAUGCUGGCGAUUAUGCGCGGAAAACAGGGUCGGAAGAAGACGCGAAACAGGACGAGAAUGUGCAAAAGUCCGACACGCCCGUGACUCCCCAGACCCCCCAAGCACCUGGAACUCCGGGGAUCGGAAGGAAGAAGUCAUGGGGAGUUAAGCUACCGAAUCUUCACAAGGGCAAUCCUUUCACGGGCGAUAAGGCAGCAGAGAAAGAGAAAGCAGCAGAGAACGCCAAGAAGGCAGAACGAUUCGAAGCUGAGAUCAAGAGUGUUGUUGGCAGGGCCCUAAAAAGUGAUCCCGCGCGCAGAGAUAACAAAACGUCAGUUGGAAACGAGAAAUCCCCCAGCGAAAGCAAUGAAUCUGGAGCGCAGGCCAUUAGGAUCAGCAAGUGUGACGAGCAAAUCAUCUGCCCGAACCCCAUAGUCGUGAACAGCUCUGGAAUCAAGGGCGUGUUUGACAUUCAGCGCAUUGUGGUCAAUAUGCUGCAGCCUGAAGAGCUUCGUGCGAAAGUCAAAAAUGCCGCAAGUGACAAAGAGAUGAUUGAUGGGUGGUGUACUAUAAGUACUGGGUUUACUCUCACAAUGGUAGCAUUCUGCUGUGAGCGAAAGGUCCUUGAAAGGCAACUGGAUUUGGUCGAAGUGAUCGAGCAAACCAUCCUCAGAGAAACCGCCCCAGCCAACACGAACACGCCCGCACAGGGGGUUGACACUGAUGCAGAUGCACCGCCAACGAACCCAGAAAGCCAGCAAAACAAACAAACCAAUGGUGAAGGUCCAGCACCGGAUCCUGCUUCUUCCCAAGAAACAGACAACGUAAACCGUGACAGUCGGCCCAAGCUCAAAAACUACGGCUCUUCGGCAGAGCAGAGACGGGUUUCUCGCAUGAUCGACUUCGUCACAGAACCCAACCUCCACGCCAUAGCUGGAGAAUGGGUUCUAGCACGGUUCUCCGGCACGCCAGGGGCGCAAUGGUUCCUUUGUCGAUUAGAACUGGGAACCGGCAAUGAAUUCUACGCCCGCCGAAUCUCCACGGACAAGUUCAAUUUCUCCAAUGCCGUUCCCGAGAAAGGUUUGGUCGAGUUUUGGCACAACUUCAUGCACAAGAAGAAGCUGGUGAUGUGCGAUAUGCUUGAUCAUUACCUCGAUGCACAAAAAGCAGGGACGUACGCAACUUGGUUCCACGAAAACCUCAAGGAGAGCUUCUCCUGGGGUGAUUCUAGUGACGACGAAGAUGAGCCUCAGCAGAGCAGACAAGCCAAGGCAAAACAGCCAGCCCCGGAUGGUAGUACCACCUUGACAUCAACCGCCAAGACCUUGAAGAUGAUUGGCUGGGGAAUCCGAUUUUUCUACGAUAAAUACUAUGCUGAAUACUUGGAAGACCGUCUCACUGAAAUGGCCUUGGCCAAGAUACCGGUGAAUCUCCACGCCGCGAUCAAGGACCUGCACGCGGACAAGGUCCUUCUGCCGGUGAUGUUUCACUCUGGAAGGGACGUGCAUUUCUUCUAG